AUUUUUGGGCGGAAGUUAUGAUUGAGUAUACGGAAGUGGCUAAUAUUUGGAGUGUAAAAUUGGGCAAAGACAAUGAAUAAAAGUUGAACCAUCACACUGAUUUCAUCCAGGAAAGGGCUCAGAGAUUGUCAAGAUGCUGGAGUCAUAUGUCACUCCACUCUUGAUGAGCUAUGUGAACCGCUACAUUAAGAACCUGAAGCCUUCUGAUCUGCAGCUCUCACUUUGGGGGGGUGAUGUGGUGCUCAGCAAGUUGGAUCUCAAACUGGAUGUUCUGGAGCAGGAACUGAAGCUUCCGUUCACCUUUCUAAGCGGUCAUAUCCAUGAAUUGCGAAUCCACGUACCAUGGACCAAACUGAGCUCGGAACCAGUGGUUGUUACAAUCAACACCAUGGAGUGCAUCCUGAAGCUGAAAGAUGGUUCUCAGGAUGAAAAUGAGAGCAGCACAUCCAGUUGGAGUGCCUCCGAGAAGAAUGUGCCUAAACCUCGACGGGUCCAGCAGAGUUCCCCUGACCCUGACUUACCCCCUGGCUAUGUACAGAGUCUGAUCCGCCGUGUAGUAAAUAACUUAAACGUUGUGAUCAAUAACCUGAUCCUGAAGUAUGUGGAGGAUGACAUAGUGCUGUCGGUCAACAUCACGUCAGCAGAGUGCUACACAGUAGAUGAGCAGUGGGAGCGGGCCUUUAUGGACAUCACCCCUCCUAAACUUGUUUUGAGGAAGGUGAUCAAUUUUGCAGACUGCACAGUGUGUCUAGAUAAGCGGAAUGCCAGUGGGAAAAUCGAGUUUUAUCAGGAUCCGUUGCUUUACAAGUGCUCCUUCCUAACCCGGCUCCAUUUCACUUAUCACAACAUCAAUUGCAAAAUCCCAGCAAUCAUCAAAAUGCACACAAUGGUUGAGAGCCUGAAGUUGUCUCUGACAGACCAACAGCUCCCCAUGUUUGUGCGGCUGCUGGAGCUUGCAGUGGCUCUGUAUUAUGGGGAGAUAAGUGUUCAGCGAGAUGGAGAGAAAGAAGAGAGUAGCUCUACAGCUGAAGUUGUGAUCAACAUUCCAGCAGGGGUGGCGAGUGAGGGAACGGAUCCGAAUACAUCGGGGCAAUUUUCAACCCCAGAUCAAUACAUGCACAAUGACAACGAUGAUCAGGGCUGGGUAUCGUGGGCCUGGUCCUUUGUCCCAGCCAUCAUCAACACAGAGGAUGAGGAGGGUUAUGGUGAGAUGGAGAUCAAUGGGAAUCCCAGCCCACUACAGUCUUCUAUGAGGGACCCCAUAGUCUCUAUCGGGUUCUACUGUACCAAAGCCUCUGUUACAUUUAAGCUGACAGAGAGCAGCUCUGAGAGCAGUUACUAUAGCCCUCAGAAAGUGAAGUCACAAGAGAUUCUGUGUGUGGAACAGGAAGGUAUCACUGUGGAGGCAUUGAUGAUGGGAGAGCAGUUUUUUGACUGUCAGAUUGGGAUAGUGGGCUGCAAAGCUUUAUGUCUGAAAGGAUUCAUGGGCAUGUGGGACUUUGAGAGCAAGACAGGCAGCAAAGACGAGGAUGCUGUGUUUUUCCACUGUGGAGAGAGUCUAAGCUUUAAAGGAACGACCUAUUUGACCAAUUCGCUCUUUGACAGCCGCAGCCCAGAGAACAACGAUGUCAGUGCUGAAUUCAUACUUGAUACCAGCCUCCACAAGGAAACCUACACCGAAGAAGCAGGACUACAGCGUUUUGGCGCCUUCUAUCUAGAUUAUCUCUACACAAUGGAGAAUGAGAGUGGAAAAGUACAACAGGAUUAUUCUCUGAUGGGAAAGACGGACUCUAGUCAGUCGGUUCAGGAAACGUCAAUAAAACGACUGGCGAUUGGCCCACUAGAUCUGCUACUUCAUAGCAGUGCGGUCCAUCGCAUCUUGAAGAUGGUUGCUUGUGCCAUGGACCACGAGUAUGAACCGUACUGCACACUAAAUCCAGAUGUAGUUGAGGAGAACAAUGAGGUUCCUCUAGGGAAUGAGAAAGAAUUGGAAGAAUUUAUCCCAACACGGCUGACGUGUGUGACACUACUGAAGGCUUCUGUUACUAUCACCAUGGCUGAAUUCAACCUGUUGCAUAUACUACUUCCUGCUAUAAUGGGCCAGAAGAGUUUGGCUGUGCAGUUGACAACUACACAGUUCCAUCCAGUGAGGCCACUGCCUGCGGUUCGUAUGCAGGUAGAGAGGGUGAACCUGGAGCAUUCUGUACCAAUGUAUGGCCCAGAGCUCAUCCGCACUGUCAGCAGCCUCAGCCUGCCCUCAGACAACCUACUGCACCACUGCUACACACACUGCUGUCUGAAGGUAUUUGAGUUGCAGGUUGGAUUGACCCUGCUGGAUAUCGAGGACACACCUCCACUCCUACCCAUAAUUCCUUGCUUUAGUACUGCACUUUAUGGGAAGAUACUUCAGUUUCCCACACGAUGGCCAAAGAGGUCCUCAGUGUCCAUAACAGAGUACCUGUUUGAGUUACCUAAAUUCACAGUGCAGGCUACUCAUGCUCAGAUGUUGCUGCUACACUGUUUGUGGCAGAGUUGGACACACAGCACGGAAAGUGGCGUCGGACCCACUGCCAGCGACUCACUUAUCAAUGAGAUCUUCAGAACGAAAGGUGUGAAAUGUGCUCCUACUUUAGAGGUAUUAGUACAGAGUGUGGAGCUAAAGGUGUGCCAAAAGGCCAUGCUAUGGUGUGCAUCAGGAAUGUUAGGAGCAGUCACAGUGUGUUCCAGGACCCAGGGUAUGGGCGAGUGGCAGAAGGAGCAGCUGGUGGUUGUGCUGCAGGGUCCGGCUGACACUCGAGAGUUAUACAGUAGGCAAUGGCUGUGUGAGAACCGCCGUCCACAGUCCCUUCUAGCUCCAGACCUACUCACUUUCUCGCUGCAGAUCCCUCAGCCCACCGGAGACUGGCAUAAUUCUGGUGCUGUACUACUUGUUGGUGUGCAGGGCAUUGCUGUAAAUCUGGAUCCUAUUUUGUCCACUUGGCUGCUUUAUCACUCUCAGAGACCCACAACAAACCGGCAGACACAACCGACUGUUAGCAGUGGAUCUAUUUUGAUGAUGAAGACGAGGGAGGAUGAGGCAUCUGUGGCCAGUACUCCUCUGGCCAAGCAGUUUUCCAAUCAGGCAUCAGACUACAUCAGCAGCCCAGUGAAGACAAAGACAAUAACAGAGUCUCGUCCCCUUUCGAUCCCACUGAAAAUUACACAGUCAACAACUAAGUGUGCAGCAUCUUCGGAUGAGUGGAUAAAGAACCUAAUCACACAGGCUUGGGAUAAUGUCAAACGUCUUACACUGCAGGUGGAGCUGCAGUCAUGCUGUGUGUUUGUGCCUAAGGACACCCUGCCAUGCCCCUGCACCAUAGUGUGCGGUGAUAUACCAGGCACUGUGCGCAGCUGGUACCACAACCAGGCCUCGAUGCCAGGGACUCUAGUCAUCUGUCUGCCUCAAAUUAGCGUUAUGAGUGCUGGGCAUAGGCAUAUGGAGCCCUUACAAGAGAUUCCCUUCACUGUGCCAAAACCUGUACUGGAGGAGGGUGAUGCUUUUCCCUGGACAUUUACAGUAGGCCAAUUCAGUAUAUAUACAUUGCUGGGGCAUCAGCGCUCGCUCUCCCUCCUGGAGCCAGUAGGCUGUACCUCUACCCUUGCAGUCACCUCUCACAAACUGCCAGCUUCCACCUCUCUUGACUCCAGACAUUCCUUCAUCGUCUGCUUGCAUGUAGACCUGCAACCACUUCAUGUAAAAGUCUCCAACCCACAGGUGCAGCUGUUAUAUGAGUUAUAUCUAAAUUGGAGCAGUGUUUGGGAUUGUCUGCAAAGAAGAGGAAUCUUGUGGCAUGCAUCUGGCUUUCAAGGGGAAACUCCUUCCCAACCUGGUGGACCUACCUCCCCCUUCCACAGCAGUGCAGGCACCAUUCCCCCUGAUAAUGGCAGCUUAAGUCGAUCAGCUGACCUGGGCUCCCACACAGAGGGUGACUUUGCACCAACUGGGGAAGACCUCUUCUCUGAGCCUCUAACUUUAGAGCAGAAGACGAGUACAAUUGGUGGAUCCAGUGGGAAAGUUAGCCUGUGGAUGCAGUGGAUGCUGCCCAAACUGACUGUCAAACUGUUUGCUCCAGAUCCAACCACAAAGACAGAGAUCUGUGUGCUCAGUGAACUGGAGGAUUUAAGUGCAUCAGUGGACAUGCAGGAUGUGUACACGAAACUGAAAUGUAAAGUGAGCAGCUUCAACAUUGACCAUUACAGAACCAGUGGGAAGGCUGGUCUUUUGUGGCCAGGUGUGUAUAGUGGGGUGCUGCUAUCCUGCACGGACAAACUGAACCGACGUACUCUGCUGCUCCGCCAAGUCAAGCAUCAAGACCACUUCAGCCAAUUCUCUGCCUUCUUUUCUCCUAUGGCAGCAAAGGCUUUGGAAGCAUGCCACCAGCCCCAUGGCUUCCUGUCACUGACUUACACACAAGCUGUAACCUGCAAUGUCCUUCACAAGCUAACAGCACGGCAAGAGAGAGCAGGACCUCAGAGGAUGAGUAGCGGUGGGACUGACGGCUCCUCACAGCACCUGCACGAAAUCCUGCUGACUGCCCAGCCAUUUGACCUGGUUCUCUCAUGCCCCCUACUGGCUAGCAUAAGCCAGGUGUUCCACACAGUCUCACCUCCUCCUUCCAGACGGACAGUCAAAGAAUGCCGUUCAGCAGGCCAGCCAAUGAGAGGUCGCGCUUUUUCCUCAAGCAGUCUGCCACUCAUCUACGUCAAUACCAGUGUGAUCCGAGUUUUCUGCCCCCUUCAGGACAGCAAUUCUCAAAUGAAAGAGAAGAUAGAGGAUACACUUGUUCUAAAGAUCGGGUCAGUCAGCGUGGCGCCUCAGGCAGAUAAUCCUCUCACUCGCACCAUACUGCGGAAAGAUAUUUACCAAAGAGCACUGAAUCUUGGUGUCCUGCGGGACCCAGGGUCAGAGGUUGAGGAUCGUCAGUAUCAAAUCGAUCUCCAGAGCAUUAAUGUUGGCACGGCGCAAUGGGAGCAGCUGCAGCCUCAGGGAGAAGGAACGAAAGGCAGCACACCAACAGAGGGUGAAAGAAGUUCUCAAAAUCCAGCACUGGAGUGGAAUAUGGCCAGCAGCAUUCAGAAGCACCCAGAGAGGAGAGCAAUUCUCACUCCUAUCCUGACUGACUUCUCUGUACGCAUCACAGCCGCCCCUGCCAUCAUCUACCAUAAACCUGCUGCCUCUGACAGCAGUACAGUGGAGGAUAUUGUGGUGUGUGGGCACAGCUUGGAGUUGAAUGUCACAUCAGCCCUGGAAAUGUUUCUAAGUUUGUCUCAGGUUCAGCUCAUCCAACAACUGAUCCUCUCCAACAUGGUUAUUUUUGGGACUUCAGAAAAAAGCACAGAGAAGCAUAGGCAGAAGCACCGUGGAAAUGUAUCUGCUCCAGGGUAUGUGGAGACUUCACGGGUGGGCAGCAUGCCCUGUGGCCAGGACAGUGGCUUUGGCAGUGACAGUGAACACCUGCGCUUUGUUCAUUAUGACCAGCAUAGCACCACUAGCCACCGCCAACUAACAUGCCUCUCCCGCCAGCCGACCAUCACCAAGAAUCUGUCCUUUAUCCCUUUUGACAUUUUUGUCACUGCCAGCAGCUUCACUCUCAUGACAUAUUUAAUGACCCAGGCUUCGGCAUCCACUACAGAACCUGUUGGACACACAAGCAAGAAACUCCUUAACACACCAAAGGAUCCAGAACAUCCAGAACCUCAGAUGCCUGAGCCGGUUGCAGCAGGAGACCUGCUCAGUGCUUCUUCAGAGGGAGGGCUUCUCAUGUUGGAAGGGUUGUCCUCUACUAGCAGGGAACAUGCAAGGCAAACUUUGGGUGCUACUAUUGUCAGACAGCCUGGGAGAAGAGGUGUAGGAGGAGGCCUGCUGCAACCGCUUCUUUACCUGCAGCUCACACAGCCAUCAACCCUCCUCAGCUGCCACCAGCGCAGACAGCGCCUAGAGCUCUCGCUGUUUGAUUUUACAUUAAAGGGAGUUGCCUCUGACUAUGCCUACUUGGACACAGGAAAAUCUCUGCCAGAGACUCAGGAUUAUAGUGUUUUUUGGUUAGAGACAGUGGCUGGAGAAGCAGACAGCAGGACAGGAAUCCCUCCACCCCUUCUCUCUCUCUGCAUCAGAGACUUCCUUAAUGGGCCAGCUGAGCUAAAGGUGGAGUUAUGCAGGCCAUUAAAGAUGAACCCAACACCUUCUAAACUGGAGCAGCUUAAAGCGUGGGGGAAAAUAUUCCCAGAUAGUUUCCAUGUACCUGGCACCUCCUCCUGCUUUCCUGAGGCACCUCACAGCACUGACCUGGGUGAUAGCAAGGCCCUCUCUCCAUCAAUUUCUAGUCGUAUAGCAAACAUUCUUCAGACUUUCGGCCCCUUCCACAAAGUCUCUUUCCAAACUGUGCAGAUGAUCAUUAUGAUGAAGAUAGAGCACCCUCUCCAACCCACUCUCAUAUUAUCUGUAUCCAGUAUGAUGGCUAUUCUAAACACAAAGAGUGGACAGCAACCAGUUGACAGUGCAAAAGAAGUAUGCGUUUUAUGGCAGUGUGAGGAUGUGUUGCUGCAGACGGGUCUGGGUGGCAGCAGAAGUCCUUUUGUUGGGCCUUUCUCCUGCAGUUUGGAUCUGGACGUGCUCUGGUGCAGACAUUGUGGCAGCUCUGAUUCUGGUCCACCAAGAAUUUUAUUGGAAUUGAGAGGAGGAUUACUACAGGUAUUUUGGGGGCAGGAGCACUACAACUGUCUUACUCUGAUACAAGAGUACCUGCAGAGCUACCUGAAACAAGUGGAAAGCCAAGAGGAGGAAGACAAAGAAAUUCCUAUCUCCUCUAAUCAGUCACUCCCUCUUAACUCGCGCUCCCACCACUCUGAACAUUCCUCAGAUGACCUGCGCACUGGUGUCUUUCGGUACAUCCAGGGUUCAGAUUCUCAGAAGCUGCCAGGGGUGCAUGAGGUAAUGUUCUAUAAUGAGACGGAAGACAGUCCUGGUGUGAUGAUGUGGAGGUAUCCUGAACCUAGAAUUCUUACGUUUGUGCGCAUCACUCCUGUGCCCUUCAACACAACUGAAGACCCAGAAAUCAGCACUGCCGACCUGGGGGAUGUGCUGCAGGUACCAUGCAGUCUGGAGUUCUGGGAUGAACUGAGGAAAGCCUUUGUGCCAUACAAAGAGUUUAGUUUGUCUGAAAGCAUUGUGUGUGAGCUUAAAAUGCCCCAACUAAAUUUCCACACACAUCAGAGUGACCUUGUACCCUCUGAUCUCUGGAGAGUUGUGUUUAACAAUACAGCAGAUGGAGCAGAUGAGAGUUCAGAAAGUGAGUCAGGAUCCCAGUUGCCCUGUGAACAGUUGGUAUCUCCUACUGCCCUGGCAGCAUGUAUGCAGGUUGACUCCUGCUUUGCACCAUGGCUAGUACCAUCACUAGGUGUGUCUCUGAAACUGGCCCACCUUGAACUGCGGUUGUGCCAUCACCUGGAACAGCUUGGCACAGGUCCAUCUCAGCGGCUCCGCCCCUUUCUUCCAGACAGGAAAAUGCCAUUUGUUCAAGAGUAUGCAGUGGUGUCUCUGCGUGAGCCAAAGGCAUUUGUGCGAGAGUGGAGUGAAGGAGCUCAGCUGGGGCAGGAGCUGCACUUGUACUCCACACUGCAGUGUCACUUGGUGGACUACAGGAACCUUACCCUUCUGCCUCUCCUGCAACCAUUUAGCAUGGAGGGCCAUGCCAAUAAAAAAUACACACAGUUCCAGCAAACAGAGCAGAUUCUCAUUUUUAAUGUUUUCUUAGAGCCCAUGUUGAUUACAGUGGGGCAGCACAUGAUACAUACCUUGGACACCGCGCUGAAAGCAUGGCAACAGAAUCUGAAGCCAGAUGAUGAGGAGCUCAUUUUCUGCCAUUAUGUAGUCUGUAAUGACACACAGGAGACGUUGUGUUUUGGUCAGUUGGAUACGGAUGAAAGUGUGGUGUUGUCCAGUGGCCAAAGCCACCAGUAUUGUUGGAGAUCCCACAAAGCUCCACAGCUGCUUCAUGUCUGUAUUGAAGGCUGGGGUAACUGGCGCUGGUCAGAGCCCUUCAGUAUUGAUAAUGUGGGGACAAUGCUCAGAUGCAUCCAUGGAAAGAGUCAAAUUGCCUCACUCAUUAUCAAAAUCCAGCAGCUUGGUGGAGUGCAGAAGCAGAUUAUUAUCUGUGGAAGGCAGGUGAUAUGUAGUUACUUGAGCGAGGUCAUCGAGGUGCAGUUGGUACAGGAAUGUGUUGGACCGGAGGGCCAGAAAAAGAUGCGAAACCUGCAGUCUUCUGUUGGUCCUGAGAGCAAGUUACCUUCUUAUGUGCUAGAGGACUCUGAGGUGACUGGUCUCUGUGUGCGUCAACAAAAAGACCAGGAAUGGUCCCAGGAUGUAUUCCUCAAGUAUUCUAAUGCAAACAACAGCUGUGUGCUGCAGUUCCCCUCCUCUACUGGGUCCUUGGUGUCUGUCUGUUGUACAAUUAUAACUCUGGAAUCCAACUCUAAUAUGCAGCAGAGAGUGGUGGUUUUCAGUCCUCUGUUUGUAAUGCGAAGCCACCUUCCAGACCCUGUCUUUAUACAGGUAGAAAAGCGGAGUUUGGGGCAAAAAGAAUGCCAGCUCAUACAAGGUCAAGGGCAGGAGCAAGCUCUUUUCAACUUGGAGCCAGACAUCACACACCACCUUACAUUUCAAGCCAGUGAAGAAGGAGAUGUAUCACAUUGCGCAGUACCGAUCUCCUCAACGCUAAUCAAGCAGAUUGUGAAUAAAACUGGCCCAGAGAAGAGUGAAAACCAAAACAAAAUCCUGGAACACUUCUUUGGCCCCAAAAGUUCUGACUUGCCUUCCUGGCCUUACACCUACAAAAACCCAGACAGCCUGGAGACAGAGCCAGUAGCUCAGUGGGAUAGUCCUAUGCAGGUGCGCUUGUGUGCAUGGAGGACAGGUUUGAGCACACUUCUCGUUGAUUUGUUGCCUUGGGCUCUGCUCACCAACCAAUCUCAGUGGGACCUCUGGCUUUUUGAAGCUGAGAACAUUGUUCUUCAGAUCCCUGCUGGCAAGACCAUUGUCCCUCCGAACAUUCAGAAGGCAUUUCAAAUUGGCCUUUAUUGGCCCCACACUAAUACAGUGCACAAGUCUGAAGCAAUUCAUCUGCUGCAUGAUCUAACUUCACCACGCUGGACAGAGGUAGGCGGAGCCGAGGUUCUGAGCUUGGAUGAGGAGGGACAUGUGGAUGCUGACAUCAUUCUUGGAGCGCAACCCAAACAGAAGCUGUGCCAGUUCUGUGUGUCCUCUUCAGUGAGGUAUGGCAUUCAGAUCUUACAGAUUGAGGAUAAAACUAUUCUGGUGAACAACACAAAGCAUACAAUUAAUUACAAAGCAUUGCUGUCUGAACAUCCAGUUUCUGCUCCUGACCAGCCAUAUAGUCCCUCACACACAAGUGUGUGGACAAUAGGCCCUGGUUCAGAGGCUGGCAGCCCUUCGAAGUGUGCAGUGCCUUGCUGGGAUGUGUUGAAAGAGAGUUCCUCAGAAGAGCAUGCACCUCUGCUAGCCCAAAAGCGAAUUCUUCUCAGCUGUAUGACCGAGUCCAAGCAGGAUGAGAAAUUAUGGAGCUUGCCAGUCUCUGUGAGAUCUGAUUUACCCAGACGAAGUAUGGCUGUGCCCAUACAGCAGGAUGCUGACAACUCCCUCACCACCAGGGCCCUAGUUGUGACACAUCUGGAGCAUUUGGGGAUCAACUAUAUAGCUGUGAGUGAGGACCCAUGUCCCCGUAUGCUCAUCCAUAAUCGUUGUCCAAGAGCCCUGCUGCUGAAGGAAAACCUCAAGGAGCCUGCUAGGGCAGAGGUGCUCUGUUGCACUCUGCCUCCUAUGUGCUCUGUACACCAUGAACUGUACUACCAUUCCUCCACAUUUCCGGAAUGCAGACAGAGAGAUACUUUGCCCACAAUUGUGCUCAGCAUUGCUUCUGAUUCACCUAGCCCUAUGGCCACGCCCACUGCACCCAAAUGGACUGAUGAAAUUGACAUGAACAGCCCUGGCACACAGGUAACAGCCUUGCCUGGUUUUGGCUGUUUAUAUGUCACUGUAGCUUAUCAGAGUGGCACAAUUAUCCUGACCCUUGCACCGGAGAGCAGUGAUGAUGCUGAGAUCACUAGACAUCACAGGGUGUGUAAUCAGAUGUUGUCCUGCCGUGCUAAUCUAAGUGAGGUUAGCAUAGUGCUUUGUGAUGACAUCACGAGUCCAAGUGGCUCGGUGGAGCUCUUGCGUUUAACCAUGUCCAAGGUUCUGGUAGUGCUGCCUUUACCAGAGCCCACUUUGCAUGACAAACCCACCUCUCAAGGUCACCAUGUGCAGGUAUUGUGUGGCAGCCUGCAGGUCGACAACCAGCUUUACAGCUGCUCCAGUUUUCAUUUCCCUGUUCUGCUGUGUCAGGAGCAGAUAUUAGACACAGAUUCUUGGGUGGGUGAUAAGGACUUGAUCAUAAAUCCUGAGACUUUGGAAGAGUUACGCAAGACGUGCUUCUUAUGUGUGGGCCUCACACUGUCCAGCAAUGGGUAUGGCCUAGAACAGGUCAGCUUCAAACUUAAACCAGCCCGCAUCUAUCUGGAGGACACCUUCAUAUACUACCUGAAAACACUAUUUCACACCUACGUACCUGCUUCCACUUCUGGAAACAAGAGUGUAUCAGGAGGAAGUGGAAUUAUUCCUGCUCAGGUUUACCAGUCAAUGUUUACCCUUGUUUACCCUGUGCAACUUCAGCGACUGCUAAUUGAGCCAGUCAGUCUACUGAUCAGUAUACAUGCUUCUUUGAAGCUAUAUAUUGCCUCUGACCACACACCGCUUUCCUUCUCCAUUUUUGAAAGAGGGCCACUUUUUACCACACCACGCCAACUGAUUCAUGCACUUACUUUGCAUUAUGCUGCUGGAACUCUUUUCAGAGCAGGUUGGGUUGUGGGUUCUUUGGAUAUCCUGGGCAGUCCUGCAAGCCUGGUGCGCAGUAUUGGAAAUGGAGUGGCUGAUUUUUUCCGGUUGCCAUAUGAGGGAUUAACACGAGGUCCUGGAGCCUUUGUUACUGGUGUGUCUCGUGGAACAAGCUCAUUUGUCAGGCACAUUUCGAAGGGCACUCUGACAUCCAUUACUAACUUGGCCACGAGUCUAGCACGGAACAUGGAUAGACUGUCUUUAGAUGAGGAAUAUUACAUGCGCCAAGAGGAGUGGAGAAGGCAGCUUCCAGAGACUCUGGGUCAUGGCCUGCGCCAAGGCCUUUCCUGCCUGGGACUCAGCUUGCUGGGAGCAAUAGCGGGUAUCGUGGAUCAGCCAAUGCAAACAUUUACAAGGUCUGUAGAAGGUCAUAGCACAGCAGCCAGUACAGCCCGUGGUGUCAUCUCUGGAGUGGGGAAAGGCAUUGUCGGAGUUUUUACCAAACCAAUCGGAGGUGCUGCUGAGCUUGUGUCACAGACAGGAUAUGGUAUUCUGCAUGGUGCAGGACUUUGGCACUUGCCAAAGCAGCAGUACAUGCCUUCAAAGUUGAAAUCAGCAGAUGGACGCAAUAGUCAUCUCAAAUAUGUUUGGAAGAUGAUGCAGUCUGUGGGGCAGGAAGUACACAUGGCACUGUGCGUGUGUAUGAUGAGUAGUUCAGGGCAGGAGCAUGCAGGCUGUUUGCUCUUAGGUGGGGAUGUGCUUUUUAUUGUGAGUGUGUGCGAAGACACACAACAGCAGGCUUUUCCCAUUACCGAGGUACAAUGCCAACAGGAUGCACACAACCCAGAAAAACUCACACUGACUCUGCAGCAGAGACGAGUAACCAGAAACAGUGAGGGUGAUGGUGUUCGUGAACGCUUAUCUGAACAGCAGUACCGAUGGUUGAUGGAUUAUGUAACUUGUGUGUCGCAGUAUUUCUCCCCUUCCUCACUCUUCCAGCCAAAAGUUGUCAUGUCAGCUGAACCGGCCCCAAGUAUCACCAAAACUUAUCAUUACCAUGCAGACCCUGCUUACAUCCAAGUCUUUGUCUGUAAAUUCAAAAUGGUGAAAAACAAGGCACUAAGCAUUGGCUUCACAUGAGAAUAUUUAAUGUGUCCUCAAGCGUAGAAUUAGUGAUUGCUAAUGACUUCUACUUGGACUGCCACUGAUAAGCUGAUCUCCGAGAGAUAUUUAUUUGCUAGCGAUCCAGAGAGGUAAAAAAGAAACAAGAAUUCUAAAAAUGAUCUUAUUAUUAAACUAAUUUAUUAGAAAAAAAAAUUGAAGCCUUAAGCAUUUAAUUCAGUGUUGAGUGUGAUAUUUGACAUAUUACUUUGCAAUCCUUUGAAAGCCACAGUACAUGAACAUUAAAACAGAAAGAACCCAAGGCCUUUGCUGCUUUUCAAUUCUCUUUAAAAGUGAAAAGUCCAAAAUUCGCCAUUAUAAGUAGUCGAUUGCUCCAUAUGUGUGCAUUAGAACAAAUUGUUUGCCAAAGUAAAUGUUUACAUAGAAGACAAAACUGAAUGGAUGUGAAUUAACACUUUAUAUUGUUUUGUUAUGUUUAUGGCAUAU